AUGGAUCCUCUAGGAGUGACAGCACCAAUUGUGGAUGCUCUUUCUCUUCCAAGGUGGAGUACAACUCCAGUUCCGUCUUACGAAAUCAUGUCACAGCCGUCAAAUAGCAGGAGGACCGAAAAUUCAUUCCCUGUUCGACAAGACCUAAACAGUAAAGUAGCGCUUUGGUGAGUGCUUUUGUUCGUUGUCUUAGAUAAAUAUGGGUAGCUUUGUAUGGUACGCUGUGUUGUUAUGCUAAUUUUGCACACAGGUAAACUUGCCACAGCGUGAUCUAAUAACUUUAUAGCUCACUUUGUUUCUUAGUGAACCAUUAGUUUUCUUUAGUUUAGUAUUGGUUUUAUAAAUUUACCGGGUAAUCAGAGUAAUUCAAUAGAUAAAGUUAUUUCUAUCAUUUUGACAGCUAUUGUACAUGUACAUUAUAAUGGUAUAAGCCCUUGAUUUUAUAAUUAUUCGAGGUUGCGUAGCACGGAGAGUCGUAAUCUGCAAGCCGUUUUCUUUUCUUCUUAUUUAGUACACGAGGGGAGUCAUGGUCCCAGGUGUUCUUAGCUGAGACCGUGGAAACUGGGGAUAAGAAUCGUGACGACUUUCAUUUUAUGCAAAUGAAACUCAUGAUGAGCAUCUGGUUUAUUUUCAGGGAUGAUUGAAGUGACCUGCCUAGAUGACCACGUUUUGGCGUUUUGGCAAUGAUAAAAUUGUCCCCAAAUCAAGGCCCUUGAUUUUCGUGUAUUCGUAUGCACGUAUUAGAAAGUAAAUACUAUAAAGAAGACUCUACCGAAAUCCUGUUUCGUGGCGUAUUAAGGCGUUACCUUUCUCAGAAUAUUGAUGCAAUCACUGGAACUCUGUGGCUGAAUAGAUUCAAUAUUGCAGAUUCAACUGGCACACACUGCUGAAGCCAACAAUUUCUCAUCUCAUUCCUCAUUUCUCAUAACACUAAUUUCUCAUCUAUCACACAGAUACACACAUAAACCCUUGCUGUUGUUGUAAGUGCAACACUUGUCACAUUCCACGUAUAAAGUGUAGUGUAUACGAUGCUAAUGCAAGCGCGUAGAAGCGAGAGAAUGAAUGUGAUGUAAUACACACGGGAAUUACGUAAUUUGCAUGUACUAUUGAUAGCGUGUGUUGUAAUUUAUUCGAGUGGGUUAGCGUUCUGAGUUCGGAGUGUAACGGUCGUGAAUAAAGUGUGUUUUAACCUAACCGUGGUACUACAUUGGCGACGAGGAUACUUCGAGGAUAUUUCGAGGAUAUUUCAAGGGGAUUUCGAGGGUUUCAAGAGUUUCGUUGAAAAUUUCGCUGUGGAUUUCGUCGAGGAUUUCAUCAAGGAUUUAUUUCAGCGAUGCCGGGAGGCAGUGGAUCGGGCGAAACUAACGCGACAAGCGGUACUACGAGCGGUGCUGUUGGCGGUUCUGGGAUGACUUCUGUUACUUUAGAUGUCAGUGGAUUGGAACCAUUUAAUCCAAAAGGAGAGGCGCACAAUUUAAGUCAGCGAUGGAAGAAGUGGAAGCGAGCGUUCAGUUUGUAUGUGACCGGGAAAGGUGUAUCGAACAACGCUCAAAAACGUGCUUUGCUGUUGCAUGUCGCUGGUAUGGAUGUGCAAGAAAUUUAUUUCACACUAGCUGGUGAGGGUGGAGAUGCAAGUUUUGAAGCAACGUUAAAGGUGUUGGACGACCAUUUCGUGCCAAAGGCGAACAUUCCCUUUGAGAGACAUUUGUUUCGACAAAUUUCGCAAGGGGUCGGAGAGACAGUUGAUCAGUUCGUUUGUAGAUUGCGUCAGCGAGCAGCGACUUGUGAUUUUGGCGCCGGCGAGGAUGACUACAUUCGCGAUCAGCUCAUAGACAAGUGUUAUUCGAGCCAUUUACGCCGGAAAUUUCUGGAAAAGGAAGGAACUGUUACAUUAGAUGAAUUGUUGCGUGUUGCAAGAUCCCAAGAAGCGGUUGAUCGACAACUGAAGCAAUACAGUACCGACCAAGCAGAUAACCAGGUCAAUGCAGUGGGUGGCAAGCUGUAUGGAAACAGAAAUUCCAGGAAAGCAAAGACAUGCUUUAGCUGCGGACAAGAAGGACACUUCAGUCAAGACAAAAAGUGCCCGGCGCGUGGUCAAACUUGCAGGAAGUGCGGCGAAACAGGCCAUUUCAAAGUUAAAUGCCCUCGACUCCAUCAGCUAAGCAGGACCCAUUCGGGAUCUAGAGGACCUGAGAGUAGCAGAGGCGGACGCGGCAGAGGAGGCAGGAGUGCUGGUGGACUGGGUCGAGGUGGACGCUGACACGGAGGGCGAGAGACGAACCUCGUGACUGGAAGACCUAGCCCUGGAGAGGAAGACAAAGGAGAUUUCGCUACACCAGGUCGUUCGCAAAGACCCGAUUAUGCCUUUUCAGUGGAACAGGUGAAUGAUCGCAAGGAACAAAGGAGCGCUUUGGUAACGCUGGUCAUUGGUGGUGUAGACGUACCCGAUGUUCUCAUUGAUUCGGGAGAUUCAUGUAAUGUUAUGGGCCAGCAGACCUGGGAGUUGUUAAAGCAAAAGGGGAUUAACUGUGAAUCUCGCAAAUCUGCAAAGGAACUUUUUGCUUAUGGUGGUACAGAACCUUUACCGACCCUAGGAACGUUCACGGCAGAUGUCACGCUGGCUGGGUUUGAAAACGGAAGUAAUGCUGAUUUUGUGGUGGUUGAAGGCGAUGGUCGCACGCUGUUGGGCCGAGAGACUGCCGAGGCGCUAAACCUGUUGCGUAUUGGUCCUUUUCAGACAAACAGUGUUGACGGUGGGCGAUCGGACGGGGAUGUCAGAGAGAAAUACAAGCACUUGUUUAGUGGUGUUGGUCUUUUGAAGGGCUACGAGCUUAAGCUACACAUUGAUGAGUCGGUGAAGCCUGUAGCGCAGCAUGUACGUAGGAUACCGUUCGGGUUACGCGAGAAGGUGGAUGCAAAGCUGGAUGAACUUUUGGAGCUUGACAUUAUAGAGGAAGUGCCGGAGGGGCCGUCAGGAUGGAUUUCGCCGUUGGUGGUGGUUCCCAAAAGCGAUGGCGACGUAAGAGUCUGUGUUGAUAUGCGUCGUGCAAAUGAAGCAAUGGUCCGAGAGCGUCACCCAAUUCCAACCGUUGAGGAGCUGUUACACGACUUGAAUGGCAGUACGGUGUUCAGCAAGAUAGAUCUCAAGUGGGGUUUUCACCAGAUUUUACUCAGUGAGGAAAGUCGCCACAUCACUACCUUUGUCACGCACCGAGGGCUUUAUCGUUACAAGCGGUUGAUGUUUGGCGUAACGUCGGCGCCGGAGAAAUAUCAGCAGAUCAUUAGAGAUGUGUUAAGGGGUUGUGCUGGGGUUGCGAACAUUGCGGACGAUCUCAUUGUUCAUGGGUGUGACGUGGAGGAACAUGACAAGCGUCUUUUUGUGGUGUUAGAUAGGCUGAGUGAAGUGAGGUUGACGGUGAACGGAGACAAGUGCGAGUUUAGAUUGUCAAGGCUUACGUUCUUUGGUCACGAGCUGACUAGUGACGGCAUAAACCCAUCCGAAGAGAAGAUUGCUGCUAUAAGAGAUGCUAGAUCUCCCAAGGACGCAAGUGAAGUGCGAUCGUUUAUGGGUCUUGUCCAAUAUUCCGCUAAGUUCAUGCCUGACGUGGCGUCCGUGGCCAAGCCUAUUCAAGAGUUAACCAGGAAGGGCAUCAUGUUUCACUGGGGUAAAGAGCAGCAAACAGCCUUUGAGGAACUGAAGCGUCUAAUCACCCAGGCAGAGACACUGGCUUGUUUUAAGGUUGGCUGCAGAACGCGAAUCAUUGCCGAUGCGUCUCCAGUUGGAUUAGGAGCGGUUCUCACCCAGCAGCAGGGGGGAAUGUGGAGAGUUGUCUCCUACGCGUCGAGGAGCCUAACUGACGUGGAACGACGCUACAGCCAAACAGAGAAAGAGGCACUUUCCUUGGUUUGGGCGUGUGAACGGUUCAACAUGUACGUUUCCGGACAGAGCUUCGAGUUGGAAACAGAUCACAAGCCUUUAGAGCGUGUCUACUCGCGCACUUCAAAGCCUUGCGCCCGAAUAGAGAGAUGGGUCUUAAGACUACAAGGGUACGAUUUUAAAGUGGUGUACCGCCCAGGGAAGACAAAUAUAGCCGACGCGUUGUCCCGUUUGAACUCCUUGGAUCAAGUGGACCAUGGAGAAGACUACGACUUUGUCAGAGCCAUUGCUAUAAGCUGUAUACCCGUUGCUCUAUCACCUACAGAAAUUGAAGAAGCUUCCUAUUUUGACGAAGAAUUGACGAUAGUAAAGAGUUGCGUGAGGUCAGGGGACUGGGACCGGUGUACACUUCCCUCGUAUGCACAAGUCAAGGACGAAUUAUGUGUCUAUGGUGAGCUAUUGCUUCGCAGCACAAGGAUUGUGGUUGCCAAGCUCCUGCGCAACAGGGUGGUGCGGCUGGCACACGAAGGGCACCAGGGUAUAGUGAAGACGAAGUAUCGGCUCCGUAGUAAAGUUUGGUGGCCGGGAAUGGACAAGGAAGUUGAGAAAUUUUGUAAAGUUUGUCAUGGCUGCCAGGUCACUUCUGGAUUUAACCCUCCUGAGCCGAUGUCCCGCGUUCUUCCUCCAAGUGCUCCUUGGCAGGAUUGUGGAGCAGACCUGCUGGGACCCCUACCCACAGGAGAGAGUAUUUUGGUGGUGGUCGAUUACUACAGUCGUUUCUUAGAAGUUGCUAUUCUGAAGUCUACAACAAGUGCCAAGGUCAUCGAAGCACUUGCACCCAUGUUUGCCAGAUUCGGUUUUCCGUCCUCUUUAAGGACAGAUAAUGGGCCCCAGUUCGUAUCCGAAGAAUUUGAAGCAUAUUUACGCACAAAUGGUAUUGAGCACAGGAAAACGAUGCCGUUGUGGCCUCAAGCUAAUGGAGAGGUGGAACGCCAAAAUCGCUCGUUACUUAAAUGUCUACAGAUUGCACAUUUAGAAGGAAAGAACUGGAGAACUGAAUUGCUUGUAUGGUUGAUGGCGUACAGAUCCACUCCGCAAACGACGAUGGGGACUACCCCCUGUUACAUGAUGUUUGGCCACGAGGUUAGGUCCAAAUUGCCAGAGUUAAGGAGAGAGACGGUCGGGGUGCCAGGCGAAGAAGUGCGAGAGCAGGAUUGGUCAAGUAAAUUAAAGGGCAAAGCUUAUGCAGAUCUCAAGAGAGGUGCCACGCCCAAGAGCAUACGUGUUGGUGACACGGUACUUUUGAAAGCCGAAAAAACGAACAAGCUGUCUACCAACUUCAACCCUGCUCCUUUUAAGGUGGUUCAGAGGACAGGAACAGAGGUAACGCUUAGGAACGAAGCUGGUGUGCAACUGAAAAGGAACACUGCGUUCGUAAAGAAGUACAACGAGCACAAUGGUGUAUCCAAUGGCAACGAAGACCAAGUUCUACAGUACAGACAGAUGAGCCAGGGCCAAGCAGAGUUCCGGAGACGACAGAGGUAUCAGGGCCAAGCGGAAUUCCAGGGACUACAGGAGUAUCUGAAAAUUCCCAAGUACAAGCUGGGCAUUCUACCGAAAAGGAAGAUAACGCAGCGGAAAGGCCUGUGCGGAGGUCGACCCGAACUAUGAGACAGCCUGCGCGCUAUAAAGACUUUGUCCUGGAUGUUUAGGACUUCUUCUUUUUUUUCCUGUUUUGUCUAGUUUAAUUCAAAGACUUUGUUUUGCUGAACAUUUAGGGUUUUUGCAGCCUUUAAAAACUGCCUUCCUUCUAAAUUUGAUCAAAGAAGGGAAUGUAGUGUAUACGAUGCUAAUGCAAGCGCGUAGAAGCGAGAGAAUGAAUGUGAUGUAAUACACACGGGAAUUACGUAAUUUGCAUGUACUAUAGAUAGCGUGUGUUGUAAUUUAUUUGAGUGGGUUAGAGUUCUGAGUUCGGAGUGUAACGGUCGUGAAUAAAGUGUGUUUUAACCUAACCGCGGUACUACAUAAAGUGCAUCUGUACAGGUGCUCAGCUUUGAGAUACAGUGAAACCUGUAUUAAGCAGACAGACUUAGGGAAUGCUGUAGUCUCUGCUUAAUACAGGGUGUCCGUCUAAUACAGGUUUCAAUACAUGUAGAUAACAUCAUAUGAGGUGUCAAAUGCCAUUCAAAUGAACAGUGGAAAUGUUUGGAAUACUCCCAGAGACUAUGACGAUAUACAUUUGCAUUAAUUUCUUUAUCAAAGUGGACAAAUAAUUUAUUGAUCGUAGUACCAUAAACAUAGAUUGUUAUGUAACUCAAAUUUGAAGAAAUCAGAUGAGUGAAACAAGCUCUAUACAAACAAAACGAAAUACAAAACAAUACUGUACUGUGAAACUAAGCAAAUAAGUUUGUCAAAACACGUUUUUUAAUGUAAAAAUCGAAAAUUUGUGGGUGGCAAUUCGUGGCAAUCUUUUGCAUUUCUGGUGUCUGGCAUGUUGGGUGGUGGAAUUUAAUUGAAAGUGUCCGUUUAAUACAGGUUGGCAACAAUAGAAAUGACCAUUUCAGGUACAUGUACUUUUUAGGUGUCCACGUCCGCUUAAUAGAGAUGUCCGCUUAAUAAAGGUUUCAUUUAAAGUAAACAAGGGAAAUAAAUUUGGGGACUUCGGCUACUGUCCACAUAAUAGAGGGUGUCCGCUUAAUACAGGUUUCACAGUAUUACCUUGUUUGGAGCAUAAUUUAAUAGUAAGUUAGAAGAUUUUAUGCACAACAACCCUUGAGCUACAGUAUCAAGAUUCUAACACUAUUAAGUGCUCUGCAUGUUUUUAAUAAUGCAUGUUUGGUUCUUCCAGGUCAGGGGAUAUUACUAAACUAAACACCAUAGCGAUAGUACAUACAACAAAUGAAUCCCUCAGUAGCAAAGGAGUAUUGAGUGAAAGGAUCCACAGAGCUGCUGGUCCAGAGCUGUUACAUGAGUGU